AGUCUUACGCUUUCUUGGACUUUCUGACCCUAUUCUUUUCUGUCAGAAAAUGACGAGUUUUCUUCUACUUGCCAUCAUUGGCACAGUUCUCUUGGGAGUGGCUCAUGGAGCACCUGCUGCGUCAAAAGACACCAAUUGUACUGAAGGAUCGCUUGAUGCAAUUUUAUGUCUCCUGAAUCUGCAAAAAUUCGCCGAAAAAUCUGACGAGCUUGAUAUGAAUGACAAAGAUGAGUUGAAGGGCUUCAAGGAUACUUGCGAUUCUCUGCGAAGCUGUCUGGCCAACCUCAAAUGCUCACCAGUGCCAAAGGAUCAAAAAGAAGCAGCGCUCAGGAGUAUAGAAAAAUAUUGCGAUGCUGUUGUGUACGUAUACAGUGAUUUUGCACAGUGCAGGGAUAAAUUGAACGCAAAAAAAUCAAAGUGCUUUGAUGACUGGGACCCAAUUCCAAAUGUUCAUAAAGAAAACGACCCGAAAAAAGUUGAGCAAUUGAAAAAGGACACUUGCAAAAACUAUUUCGGAAAGGAUGACUGCAUGAAGAAGGAGGUUAUUGAAACAUGCAGCCAACCGGAAUGGGAUAAGUUCAGCGAGCAAUUCAUCAAUUAUUCUGGAGCACUUGUAAGCGAAUGCGACUUCAGCAGACUUAGAUAAAUAUUCCUAAUUGUUGAAUGAACUGAAAUAUUAUUUU